CCGCAGCCUCCGCACAGAACGGCUGUACGCGCGCGGAACAAACCGACACGUGAAAAUUUCAUAAAAGCUCAAUAAAUACUUGUGCAUCGGAUUGCAGUGUUGUGUGGUGUGAUAUGGUUUUAAAUAACAGAUAAUGAUUGUGGAUAUCGUUCAGUGUUUCUAGGAUUCUGGAGAUGAGAGUGACAAUGUGCGUGCGGUGAUCGUAGCGGUGGCGCGAUGCUGCGCGUGGUGGCGUGUCUGCUGGUGGCCUCGGCGGCGGCGCAGCACGUGCGCGAGUUCACUGUGCGCGAGAACGCGCGCGCCGGCACGCUCGUCGGCAACCUCGGCGACGAGCUGCCAGACGCCGCGCCGCCCUACACCAUCGUGCCCGUCCCAGGCAGUGCCGUGCACGACCACCUGCGCAUCGACCCGCACACCGGCGAGAUCACCACCCGCGUGCCUCUAGACAGAGAGGACAGAGAUCACUACGCCCUUGUCGCAAUCCCCGCUAGCGGCGACAAUAUUCGCGUCGUCGUGCGUGUGUCCGACGAGAAUGACAACGCACCCACCUUCCCCACCCCCAUUAUGAACGUAGAGUUCUCUGAGAACACGCCGCGCGACGUUAAACGCAAGUUAAACCCCGCCAAAGAUGAGGACCUGGGUGCUUUCAAUACUCAAAGGUACAAUAUAGUGUCAGGGAAUACGGAUAAUGCGUUUAGACUCUCCUCCCAUAGGGAGAGAGACGGUGUGCUAUAUUUAGAUUUGCAAAUUAAUGGAUUUUUGGAUAGGGAGAUGACUGAUCAUUACCAGUUAGUUAUUGAAGCGUUAGAUGGGGGCACGCCGCCUUUGCGCGGCACCAUGACUGUAAAUAUUACCAUUCUGGACGUGAAUGACAACCCGCCGGUGUUCGCCGAGAGCGCGUACUCGGCGACGAUACCAGAGAACGCGACGGUCGGCACGGCCGUGUUAAAAGUGUUCGCCACCGACUUGGACGCGGGUGAGAACGGCCUCAUAGAGUACUCGAUAAACAGGAGACAGAGCGACAAAGAAAACAUGUUUAAAAUAGACCCCGAUACAGGUGAGAUCAUUGUGAACAAAGCUUUAGAUUUCGAAACGAAGGAGCUGCAUGAGUUAGUGGUUGUCGCGAGGGAUAAAGGCGCGCAGCCUUUGGAGACCACCGCCUUCGUAUCGAUCAGGGUUACCGACGUUAAUGAUAACCAGCCCACGAUAGACGUAAUCUUCCUGAGCGAUGACGCCACUCCGAAGAUUUCCGAAUCCGCACAACUGGACGAGUUCGUCGCGAGAAUAUCGGUUCACGAUCCCGAUUCGAAAACCGAAUACGCGAAUGUAAACGUUACGUUGAGCGGGGGCGAUGGUCAUUUCGAUUUGCGCACGCACGAUAAUAUAAUCUACUUGGUGGUUGUGGCGCUACCAUUGGAUCGCGAAUCGCAGUCGUCUUACACUUUAAACGUGGUCGCGACGGAUAAGGGAUCGCCUCCGCUCCACGCGUCUCGGAUCAUUUCGCUUCGAGUUACUGACGUGAACGAUAACGCUCCAACAUUCGUCGAAUCUGAGUACAAAGCGAGUGUCCCUGAGGCCGCAGCGCCAGGCACUCCGGUAGUCCAAGUCUCAGCUACUGACGUAGAUGAGGGGGAAAACUCCGAAAUCCGCUAUUCAUUACUACCGACGCCGCAGUCGGAUUGGUUCUCGAUAGACGAGCGGUCUGGGUUGGUGACGACUAAAACUCGAGUCGAUUGCGAAACGAAUCCGAUGCCGAAAUUGACGGUGGUGGCGAGUGACCGUGGUAGGCCGUCACUGUCGUCGACCGCGGCGCUAGUGGUUACCGUUCUGGAUGUGAAUGACAACGAGCCGACCUUCGACCAGUCCUUCUACAACGUCACCGUGCCAGAGAACGAGGCCGUCGGCAGCUGCAUUUUAAAGAUGUCAGCUAUCGACCCCGACUGUGGAGUGAAUGCCAUAGUAAACUACACCUUGGCUGAUAGAUUCGCGAAGCCACAGUUUUCAGUAAAGCCUGAUACUGGAGAACUUUGUGUAUCCGCUCCUUUGGACUAUGAAGCUAACAGCGACUUCGAGUUUCCUGUUAUUGCUACUGAUAGAGGGGGCCUGUCCACGACUGCCAUGGUUAAGAUCCAACUGGUCGAUAUGAACGACAACACACCCGCCUUCACCGCUAAAGAUUACAACGUGUCUUUGAAAGAGGGUCGGGUAUCGUCCACGGAGCCAAUCAUCGCUGUAUCAGCAACCGAUUCCGAUUCCGGCAGGUUCGGCAGCGUCACUUAUAGAAUCGUCAGCGGGAAUGAUAAUGACGUGUUCAGAAUAGAUAGGAGUACCGGCGAGAUCCUUGUUACGAAGCCGUCUCUGAUUGAUAAGGAUAAGAAGUUUGAUCUGGAGGUGUCUGCGACUGACGGUGGGGGGCUGGCGGCGCCGCAGCCAGCGGUGGUGCAUGUUACGGUGAUGCCCGCGGGAGUGGGUUCCGCGCUGUUUGAUAAGCCGCGGUAUAAUUUUCGGGUGAAGGAAGAUGUGAGGGUUGGAAGCGUUGUUGGAAAUCUGAAGGCUACUGCUGGUGACAGAGGCAAACAGCCGGUCCGCUACAGCAUCGUCUCAGGUGACCCUGAGCACCACUUUACCAUAGAGCCAAUGACGGGGGCCAUCCGCACUGCGAGCGUCCUGGACCGGGAGACCAAGUCCUCGUACCUCCUGAACGUUAGAGCUGCUAAUGGAAAUCCGGCGAGUUACGAUCAGACGCAGGUCCAAAUCACACUGGAAGACGUGAACGACAAUAUACCAGAGUUCGGUACAUCUUCGGUGAGGGUGUCCGUGGCGGAGUCAGCGACAAUCGGCUCUGUGGUCUACGCCGCAAGAGCUAACGACGAAGACGACGGCAGAAACGGUCAGAUCACAUACCAGCUGGUGUCAGCUACAGGACCUUCCAAUACCUUCGCUGUGAACCCUCAGCAUGGACUAGUUACGUUGCUUAGGCCAUUGGAUUACGAGAAUCUCGUCCGUCACAACCUCAUAAUAUCAGCAAGAGAUGGAGGAAUACCACCUCUCACUUCAAACCUUACUCUGGUAGUCGAUGUGCAAGACGUAAACGACAACCCACCGGUGUUUGAACAUGAAUCUUACAGCGCUAAUGUGCUGGAGUCGGAAGCUAUCAAUACUAAGAUAUUGGAAAUACAAGCGAUAGACAAAGAUACCGGCAACAAUGCGAGGAUAGCAUACCGCAUAAUACCCGAAGGCAACAAUAGCAACGAAUACUUCAAAGUACAACCAACAACUGGCUGGGUGUACUUAGCAAAACCGCUUGAUAGAGAAACAACAUCGAAGCACAAAAUGGUUAUAACUGCUACCGAUAACGGUUUACCGCCGUUGUCCGCUACUGCUAGUCUGGUUAUAAACGUUAUUGACGCUAAUGACAACGACCCGGUAUUUUCUAAGCCCGCAUACGAGUUUCAAGUUGAAGAAAAUCAGAAGAUCGGAGCGUAUGUCGGGAAGACGUCUGCGACUGAUGCUGAUUUGGGUGACAAUGCUGUAGUCAAAUACAGUCUGUUUCCGACUAACACUAGUUUCAACAUCAAUCCUAUAACAGGUAUUAUAACAACAAGAGAGGUUUUGGACCGUGAAUUCAAAUCUUCAUAUUCUCUAUUCGCUGAAGCAAAAGAUCAAGGUUCUCUUCCAAGAUCGACUCGUGUUCCUGUCACCAUUAAAAUUACUGAUGUUAAUGACAAUCCACCAGAGAUUAUAGACCCUAGAGAAGACGUAGUCAGCGUAAGAGAAGAACAACAGCCAGGUGCAGAGGUAGCCAGGGUUAAGGCUAUCGACAGAGAUAAUGGAGUGAACUCUACUAUAGCUUAUUCUAUCUUGAACGAGAGAGAUAUGGACGGAUAUGGAGUUUUUGUGAUCGAUUCCAACACCGGCGUGAUAAAAACCAGUACAGUCCUUGAUCAUGAAGAGAGGUCGAUUUAUCGCUUGACUGUCGCGGCUACUGAUGGUGGUACUCCUCCGAAACAGACCAUUAGGCAACUGAAAGUUGAAGUAUUAGACUUAAAUGACAACAGACCAACAUUUACAAGUUCAAGCUUGUCUUUUAUAGUAAAAGAAGAUGCCAAGAUUGGUCAUGUGAUAGGAACAGUCGCCUGCUGUGAUAGCGGCCUCGAAGAGAAUUCUAUUAACGAUAACGAAGAGAAACAGAUUUCCUAUUUGCUAAUGUCUUUGACAACAGAUCACUCUCCAGGAACAUUUGAGAUAGAUCGCAGAACUGGAUCUUUAGUGGUUGCUCGCCAACUAGACAGAGAGAUUCAAGACGAGUAUAGACUCGAAGUGAGGGCUUUGGAUACUUCAGCAACAAAUAAUCCACAGAGCAGCGCAGUUACUGUUAAAAUUGAAAUUGUUGACAUCAAUGACAACGCUCCCCGGUGGCCUCACGAUCCUAUAAACAUAGAAAUUUCAGAAAUAACUCCUAUCGGUACCAUCGUCUACAAUUUUACGGCAAAAGAUGACGAUGCAGGUCCUAAUGGGGAUUUGAAUUUCCAUAUAAUAUCUUCGUUGCCACCGAUCAAGAAUGUAUUCAAUCUUGACCCACUAACUGGUUCUCUAACCCUCACUUCUGCUUUAGAUUACGAGGUAUUAAACGAGUAUUGGCUGGUUAUCGAAGCUACUGACUUAGCAACAAACAUUUCGCAGAGAAUGGCAACACUAGCAACCGUGCAUAUUUCUGUAACUGAUGCAAAUGACAACACUCCUACUUUUGUGUCAGCGACCAAAGCGAUCGUUUCAUUGAAUACUUUAACAGGAACUUUGUACCAAGCACUGGCAGUUGAUGCUGAUUCUGGUGACAAUGGAAAAAUAUCAUACUAUAUUUCUGGUGGUAACGAUCACGCUUACUUCUCAAUGGAAUACGAUGUGGGAAAGCUUACAUUCUCCAAUAAGUACUCGUCAGAUAUUUCGAGGGUACGUCCUGGGCUAUAUAAACUGAAUCUGACUGCCUCAGACCACGGUAUACCGUUCCCAAGACAAAGCCACAUGACUUUAAUGCUGACUCUUCAAGAAUCUACUAAUGUUCCACCGAGAUUUACUGAUUCCAUGUAUAGAGCAAACAUUAGCGAAGACAUACGACCUGGAAGUUUUGUUACUAGACUCACUGCAAAAUCUUCGAGGGGAACUGCAAGUAACUUAACGUACACAAUACCAUCAGGUGUCGCCGAUGACAAAUUUGUAAUAGACGAACGCCUUGGCACUAUUACUGUUAAGACAAGAAUCGACAGAGAAGAAAGAGAUCAGUACAUAUUCCCAGUCUACGUCACAGAUGCGAGCACAUUCCAAUCCACAACUAACUUUGAUGUAGCAACUGUCACUAUCAGUGUUAUGGAUGUAAACGACAACGCCCCUACCUUCAAAACUGGAUCUUGUUACCCUCUAGCUGUGCCGGAGAACAACAAUCCAGAAGUUAUACAUACAGUUGCAGCUACUGAUAAAGAUAUAGGAGCAAAUGGAGUUAUAACAUACAGUAUCACGUCUGGAAAUAAUGGAAAUAAAUUUUCCAUUGACCCAACUACUGGACAAUUGACUGCUAGGACAUUAGAUCGUGAAACUCAGGCGAGAUACCAUCUAACUAUAACGGCUUUUGAUCACGGAUCACCUGUGGCAUUACAAGGGUCUUGCAACAUCACAGUAAUGGUUGAAGAUCAGAAUGAUAAUGAUCCUGUUUUCGACACUGGACAUUAUUCUGCAGCGAUACUUGAAGAUGCAGCAAUUGACACGUCUGUUAUAAAAGUAAGGGCAACAGAUGCUGACUUGGGAUUUAACAAACGUAUAGUGUAUUCUCUGGCGAAUGAAAGUCAAGGACUUUUCAGGAUAGAUAAUAAAUCUGGCAUCAUUUUUACCACGGGAGCAUUCGACAGGGAAAAAGUAAACGUGUAUCAUUUUGAAGCUGUAGCCACAGAUGAGGGUAGAUACAUUGCAAGAUCACAACGAGUAUCGGUUGAAAUAACCAUUCGAGACGUCAACGACAAUAAGCCGAUUUUCACAAAAUUCCCUUUCAAAGAACAAGUAGCUACCUUGACUCCACCUGGACAAAGCCUGCUGCGAGUAUCAGCAACGGACAAGGAUAUUGGAACGAAUGCAGAAAUAUUGUAUGAGUUGCUGGACACUUAUAACAAUAAAUUUCGCAUAAAUCCCACCACAGGGGUACUUACGGCCACACAGAGCUUGGCUAGUGAGAAUGGCAAAUUAAUACAUCUGAAAAUAAUUGCAAAGGAUAAAGGUAUCCCACCACAAAGCUCCAUCGGUCUUAUUGAGAUACGUGUGGGAGAUUUUUCUGACCUUACCCCACUACUCAAUUUCCAAAAUUCGACAUACAAUAUAACUAUAGAUGAAAACACUCCUUAUGGAAAAGAAGUUUUACAAGUAACAGCAGUUAGAAGUGACGGUCGUCGUCAAAGAAUUAUUUACGAAAUUGGCAAUGGAAAUGACCAAUACGCUUUUGAAAUAGACUCAAAUACUGGUGUAUUACGAGUAAAUAAUUCCGCGAACUUGGAUUACGAAUCGUAUCCUGGACCUAGAAGACAGUUAGUCAUCGCUGCUCGUACAGAAGGCUCCCCGGCUCUGUACGGCUAUUGUGACGUGAUAGUCAAUCUUUUAGAUCAAAAUGACCAUGCACCGAGGUUCACCCAACAACAAUACAUUGCCAACGUCCUUGAAGGCAACACCAAAGGUGAAUUUGUUGUACAACUAGCAGCCAAGGAUGGUGACCAUGGAGUAAACGCAAGAAUACUUUACCACAUAGUCGAUGGCAACCAUGAUAACGCUUUCAUUAUUGAGCCAGCAUUCUCCGGAUCCGUCAAAACUAACAUUGUUCUUGAUCGGGAGAUUAGGGAGACGUACAAACUGACAGUAAUCGCUACGGAUGAAGGUGACCCACAAAUGACUGGAACGGCGACGCUCAGAAUCAACGUAGUGGAUGUAAACGACAACCAGCCGACUUUCCCACCUCCGAACGUCAUCUCAGUCUCAGAAGGAGCGGAAGUCGGGACGGUGCUCACUUCGGUGACAGCGAAUGACGUUGACACAUACCCCGCGCUUAAAUAUACGAUCACAGAAGCGAACAAUGUGUUUUCAAUUGAUAAAUACAGCGGCAAGAUAGUUUUGAAUAAACCUCUGGAUUUUGAAAAUCGCAAGUCGUACCAAGUAAAUGUGACAGCGUCGGAUAGUGAACAUGUUGCGAAGACGACUUUGACCAUUCAAGUGACAGAUGUCAACGAUAAUACACCAGUUUUUGAUGAUAUUUCUUACAACAUAAUAUUGCCUGAAGGGACAGAUUCUCAAGAAAUCGGCUCAGUUAGCGCAAAAGACAGAGAUACCAAAGAUAAUGGGAAGAUAAGCUACUCCAUCCUUCACUCAACUAAAGGAUAUUACAUAGACGCGACAUCUGGUGCAAUCUUCGUGAACUAUAGCGCCUUGCCUUCCAAUCAGAGAGAUACGCAGCUAGCGGUAGUGGCAACUGACCACGGCAAGCCGAACAGAAGUGCUGUUGCCUCAGUGAGGAUCAGUACUGGAGCGUCUUCGGAAAUAAAACCUUUCAUUGGACAGGAUACUUACAGGAUCACUGUCAACGAAGACACCAAAAAAGGAACGUCACUUCUUCAAAUCGGCGGAAUGAACGACGUGCUUAAGAAAUAUAACCUAGAUUUCCACAUCAUAUCUGGUAACGAAGGGGACAUGUUCGACGUCACUUUAGAAGGAGCACUAAUUCUGCUCAAUAUGCUUGAUAGAGAAAGCCAAGAUUCAUACGUUUUAGGCUUAGCAGCAGUCGAACAAGGAAAGAUUCUAACUCACAAUCAUAAUAAAACAGCUAUUACUAUAUUUGUUACCGUCGCUGAUGCCAAUGACAACGCUCCUGUCUUUUCCGUAAAUGAUUUUGAAUUAACUGUUAGUGAAGAUGUGAAAAUAGGCUACACGUUGACACAGCUCACUGCAACUGAUGCUGAUUUGUAUGGAACUCCUAAUGCAGCAAUAACGUACAAUGUUACAUCAGGAGAUAAUGAGAAUCUAUUCUUCAUACAUCCCACAACUGGUGUGCUUACGGUCAAUAGAACCCUUGAUUAUGAUUCUGGAAGUACUGAAUAUAAACUUAUCGUAGUUGCAUGUGAUCAAGGUUCGCCGACUCUUUGCAACGCUGUUUACGUCAAAGUAGGACUUAUUGAUGAAAAUGAUAACGCGCCGACCUUCCCUGUCAAUGAAUACUUCGAAACAAUUGGAGAGAAUGAGAGAGUUGGUACUUCAAUAUUCACAGCCAGAGCUACUGAUUUAGAUAAAGGAAGAUAUGGAAAACUUAACUAUUCUAUUGCGCCUGCGUCGAACAAUUAUAAUAGAAAUGACGAUGCUUGGAAAAUGUUUCUUAUCGAUUCAGCUUCAGGUUUGGUCAAUACUAAUGCUGUUUUUGAUUAUGAACAUAAAAGUAAAUAUGAAUUUUCAAUCAAAGCUGCAGAUUUGGGAGGAAAAAGUACUACAGUUAAAGUCAGAAUAGACAUUGAAAGUCGAGACGAGUUUUAUCCUCAGUUCACACAAAAGACAUACAAAUUCAGAGUUCCUAAAUCAGGAUCGUUACCAGCUGGAUAUACUAUAGGACAAGCUACAGCCACAGAUAGGGAUAAGGGUAUCGAUGGAAGAAUCGUUUAUCAGCUGUCGACUUCUCAUUCUUACUUCAAAAUAAACAGGACAACCGGUGUUAUUAUAUUGAAGAAGAAAGUUGAUACUGUGCAACAUCUUUUUGGAUCAGACAAAUCAAUAAGUCUAGUUGUCACCGCAAGUUCUGGAAGACAAGGUUCUUUGACAAAUAAAACUGCUGUCGAAAUAGCAAUGAACGACAUGGCAUUAGCAUCAGAUGCUGAUCAAAUAAAUGACACGACUGCCGCAUCAAGCGGUGGGCUUGCCGAUUGGGCAUUAGGGCUACUAAUAGCAUUUAUAUUAAUCACUAUAAUAUUUGCUGUACUAUUUCUAUUUUAUCAUAUGAAAAAUAAGAGACACAAGAAAGUCAAUAAACCAGGAUUGAGUUCUGAAGGUGUUGGGGCUACAAACAGUUAUGUGGACCCUAGUGCAUUCGAUACAAUACCCAUAAGAAAUCCUGGUACUGUUAAUUCUGCUAAUCAAUUUGCUCCUCCCAAAUAUGACGAAAUACCACCCUACGGACCUCAUACAGCUAGUUCAAACUCUGGUGCUGCAACUACGUCAGAACUUUCUGGGUCUGAUCAAUCAGGAUCUAGUGGUCGUGGCUCUGCAGAAGAUGGUGAGGACGGCGAAGAUGAGGAAAUUAGAAUGAUAAAUGAGGGUCCACUACAGAGAGAAGCUGGUAUUCACCGACAAGCGGACGACGAUAAUCUUUCAGACGUAUCUGUUCAUAACACACAAGAAUAUUUGGCUAGAUUAGGCAUAGUGGACUCAGGUACCGGUGGAGGUGCCUCUACUUCUUCUAGAAGAUGCUCAGAAAAUGUAGGCAAUAAAGAUACAAUGUUACACCAUGCUCCAAUAGACUCUAUGCACAUGUUUGAUGAAGACGGUGCGCAUGAAAAUGAUAUCACUAAUCUUAUUUAUGCCAAAUUAAACGAAGUAACUGGUAGUGAAAGAGCAAGCAGUGCUGAUGAAGCCAGUGCUGCGGUUGACAGGGCAAUGGCCCUAGGUGCUUUCCCAAGUACUGCUGGGGACAACGCCGCAGUGCCGACUGCCGGACCAUCCAUGACUGGGAGUCUCAGUUCUAUAGUACAUUCCGAAGAAGAAUUAACGGGCAGUUACAAUUGGGAUUACUUACUCGAUUGGGGGCCUCAAUACCAACCAUUGGCACACGUAUUCUCUGAAAUAGCUCGAUUAAAGGAUGAUGCUGUGUCACUUCAAAGUGGAAAUAGUGGGGCCUCUAGUGCCAAGAGUAAAGGGACUUCAAUAUCAGGUGGUAAAAGUGUCCCACCUCCCCUCUUAACUACAGUAGCUCCCAGAAGUUGUCCAGCACCGUCCUUAUCCUGUAGGCAACCACAGCUCCUGUUACCUAGGUCGCCAAUAAGUCAUGAUGUUCCUGGUGGAUUUUCCGCCGCCGCUGCCAUGUCUCCAUCUUUCUCACCGUCCUUAUCUCCACUAGCGACGAGAUCACCUUCGAUGUCUCCUCUUGUGGGUCCUGGGUUGCCUCCAGCACCUGCUAAUAGAAAACCUCCUCAUUCUACGAUGAGGAUAUGAUUGUAUACUUAAGUUAUUGUAAAUAUUGCUGUAUCGACUGUUUGGUUAAGGGGGUAUUGGGAAUUCAUCAAAUGUGAUAUAAGACCGUGUAUAGCCGGUUAAUAUCAAUGUAAAUAAUUUGAGAUAGAAACAGAGUUGAGAAAUGUUAAGUGUUUACGAGGUGCCAAAUCAAAGAGAAUAAAGGGUGCAUAUUAUGAUAAUUAUUCUUCAAUUUUAAUGUAUGAAAUAUGCACAUACAUCGAUGAUAUUUCUACAUUUAUGUUUUAUGCCAUUAUCUAUAUAAGAACGCGUAACUACACCGUUUAUGAUGAAUUCACAAUUCCCGACCGUAAGUAUUGUUAGUUUAAUUUAUUUAACACCGAUCUGAUCGGUUCAUUUCUCUUUUCAAUCAUUUUGUGCAUCGUCUUGUUAGUGCUCAAAGUGAGAAUCUAUGCGCUUAUUACCGAUUUUACGGUAACUGUAAAUAAAAUACAUUCGGGUUGUAAUUUUAUAUGUAAAUAAAUAGCGUGUAUAUUAGUGUCUUGUAAAAUAAUAAAACAAAGACUGCCAUGUUAUUGUGUAUUAUUAUAAUAAAUAACUCAGCUUUACUCUAAGCUAUAAGUAUUGUAUGCCGCAUAGUUUAAGCUUCCGUAGUUCUGUCAGUAUAUCAGCGGUCAAUGUAUACAUUUGUAAAAGUUUUGUAGUAAAUCAUAAUAUCAUGAUUGUACUGUGAUUUUCGUCUAAGUAUGAAUUCUGGUGUACUCUGUUCGAUGUUGUACCUCCGAUUUUAAUUAUAGUUAUUUUUAUAAUCCAUUAUUAUGUUACUAAUGUUAUAUGUCACAAAUUAUGUAAAAAUCUGUAUUUACUAUGUAUUAAAAGUCAAGUGUAAGAUCAUCUGGUAAAAGCAGACUUAAGUUUGCAUCGACUUUGAUAAAUAAUUCUAUAAAUUUUGAAUGGUUAAAAAUGCUGCCGCAAACUUUUUCAUGAUGGAUUUAAUUCAAGUGCUUUGAACAGAGUAUCAAGUAGUUGUAAAUAUAAUGUCAAUAUACAUUUAAGUUCCGAUGUCCGUCUGCGGAGUGUUUAAAGAGGAUAAAAUAAACCUUUAAAAACUA